AUGGCGUUUGACAACACGUCAGUUAAUGCUCAAGACAUGAUAACUGAACGCGCAUUAAUUUAUUUACACGAAUAUCAUAUAAUAUAUAAAGAAAUUCCAUCAAAUGAUGCAUUAGAUUAUAACACUUUCUUUAUGAAUGAUUAUGUUAUUACCUAUUAUCAUCUUCAAGGUGAUCUUAACAAAAGCUAUGAAGUUAUUUGUCGAAAGAUUCGGCUUUAUCAAUAUCAACGUAAUUAUAUAGAAUUUCAACAGUUUGAACAACAAUGUCAACAAGAUAUUGUAGAGCAAUUAAAACUCGAUUUGACUGGUUAUUUAUCACCAAACUACAAUUCUUUGAAUUUCUUUGAAUGUCCUAAUAUUUUUACUGAAAAAGAAACUGGUCAACACUAUAUCGUUAUGGAUUUUCCCCAACUCGUUGAAAAUCAGUUUCAAGGAUGUUUUGAAAACAAAUCUCUCGAUAAUAUUUCUUCCUUAGACUUCCAAUCCUAUGAAGAAAGAUCAUCUGAAAUUGAAACUUUUAAUGAAAUUGAAAGCCAAUCUAAUAAUGCUUUUAACGAAAGCGAAAGCCAAUCUAAUGAAGAAAAACAUAAGAAAAUGGUUUGGAAAUUACCAAAACGUGGCUUAAUCGCUCAUGAAGUUAAAGAAACUCUCUGGGAGGGUGCUUCUCGAAUGUUAAACGAAAAGAACCACAAUUUUACUGCUGGGCAAUGUGCAACUAAAUAUAAAAACCUUAAACAAAACAAAGACAAGGAAGGUUCAAAAAUUUGGAAGUUAGAAAUUGAAGAGAUUAUCAACUAA